GGAGGAAGUAUAUAGGAGUAAGCUUUAAAGAUAGCCGUUGUGAUGUACACAAAAGAGCGAGAGUAAGAACUCCACAGAAAGUUGUGAAUACAAAACCAAAUUCUGUGAGAAUUUCCACAGAAAAAUCAGAACUUUCUUGCUUGAAACUUUCUUCAGACCUCUUUGCAAACCACAAAUUCAAUAAAUUGAGGUUCAAACAUGAAUUUUCGCGAAUCCUAACUUGUGGCAAUUGAUUCUCAGUGUGAAUUUUGCUCGUUUUUAUUUGUUUCUACUGAAUUUUGAUGGAGUUUAGCUCGUUGUUCCUCGAGAGUGAGAGAGGAGAAGAGAUAGAAAUUGUCAAUCAGUUGCGUUGAAUGUGUUUUUUUUUGGAAAAUGGCAUGGAUUUUGUUUUUGGUAUUGGAUUGGGAGGUUAUUGAGCCUAUUGUGCUACGCCUAAUUUUAAGGAUAUAUUCGAAGACGGACUGCCAAAUAUAAGAAGAAGAAAGGAAAAGAAAAAAAAAAGCUAGUAAGGCACUGUUUUAACAAUUCUAAAAUCACAAGAAUCGUCUAUGUCAGUCAAUAAUCAUCCAUUCUGAUGCUAAUAAAACAUACAAUUUCAAUCUGUGUUCACAGAGGCUACAAUUUUCCAUCUUUAAAGAAGUUAAUAUUGUGUUACACAACUCUAUCAAACAGACAUCUUAGUGGAGAAGAAUUCUCCUCCAAAAAGCAGAACUAUGAUCAAUCAGUCGCUUAUAACAAUUCCCAGAUCACAAAAUUCGGGAGAUGUGGUUCUAUCAAUGAAGCAGAGAUUGUAUUCAGUCGAAUGCCACGCAAAAAUACCAUUAGUUGGACUGCUUUGCUCACAGCAUAUGUACAAAAUGGGAAGCUUACAAAAGCACGGAAGGUGUUCGAUGAAAUGCCUCAACGAAACAUUGCAUCUUGGAAUGCUAUUAUCACAGGGUAUGUGAAGAAUGGUCUCAGAAUCAGUGAGGCUUAUGAGUUGUUUAAAAGGAUGACAGAACGGAAUGCUGUAUCUUAUGCAACGAUGAUCACGGGUUUCGUCCAUGCUUUGAUGUUUGAGGAGGCGGAGAGAUUGUACAAUGAUAUGCCAAGAAGUUGGCGUGACCCUGUUUGUUCUAAUGCUUUGAUAUGUGGGUAUUUGAAGGCUGGUGAGUUGGAUGAAGCGUUUCGGAUUUUUAUGGGGAUGGUCGAAAAGGAUGUUGUUUCUUGGACCUCAAUGGUUGAUGGGUAUUGUAGAAGUGGGGAUAUUGAGAAUGCUAAGAAGUUGUUCGAUAUGAUGCCUAGUAAGAAUGUUGUUACUUGGACAGCAAUGAUCAGUGGUUAUAUGAGGGAUGGGAAUUUUGAAGACGGGUUUCUUAUGUUUUUGUCUAUGAGAAGGGAAGAUAUUGUAAGAGUUAAUCCUAUGACUUUAACCACAAUUAUUGAUUCCUGUGCUAAAAAUGACAGGUAUGAAGAAGCUUGUCAAUCCCAUGGAUUAGUUUUGCACAUGGGAUUUGAGUAUGAUGUUAUAUUAUGCAAUUCUCUGAUCAAUAUGUAUGGUAAAUUUGGUUGGCUAGAUGCUGCCAUGAAGCUGUUCAAUCUUAUGACCAAGAAAGAUAUAAUCUCUUGGAAUUCCAUAAUUUUAUCCUACGUUCACGCUUAUGAAAUUGAAAAAGCUUAUGAUCUUUUUCAAGUUAUGCCAAGAAGAGAUAUUGUUUCUUGGACAACUAUGAUUGGAGGGUUUUGUGGAAAAGGUGAUGUGGGAAAAGCUAUCCAUUUGUUUAAUUUGAUCCCCCAUAAGGAUGAUGUUGCUUGGACUGCUGUUAUUUCUGGAUUAGUCAACAGUGAAAGGCCUACUGGAGCUAUUCAUUGGUACAUUAGGAUGACGCAAGGAUCCUUCAGACCAAAUGUUCUAACUUUGAGCAGUACGAUCAGUGCUGCUGCUGAUUUAGCUAAUUUAAUCAUUGGCUUGCAACUUCACACUCAUGUUGUGAAGAUGAUUAUGAAGUCUUAUUUGUCAGUUCAAAACUCAUUGGUGACUAUGUACUCGAAAUGUGGAAAUAUUUCUGAUGCACAUUGUGUCUUCAUGAAUAUUGCUUCACCAAAUGUCAUUUCUUUUAACUCGAUGAUCACAGGCUAUGCCUAUCAUGGUCUUGGACAAGAAUCACUCCGCUUAUUUACGCAAAUGGAGACUGAGGGGAUUCAAUGUAAUGACAUCACCUUCCUUGGUAUUCUAUCUGCCUGUACACACAUGGGUUUAGUUGAUCAAGGACAAGAGUAUUUUAAAUUGAUGAAAUCCGCCUACCAUAUAGAGCCAGGACCUGAUCACUAUUCAUGCAUGAUUAAUCUUCUCGGGGGAGCAGGACUGCUUGACCAGGCAGUAGAUAUGAUCCAUUCAAUGCCAUUUGAACCACAUGCUGGGGUUUGGGGAGCCCUUUUAGGUGCAGCACAGUCCCACUUGCGACUUGAUAUUGCAAAGCUUGCAGCUGAAGAACUUUUGAAACUGGAACCUGAUAAUGCAACCCCACAUGUUGUCUUGUCGAAAAUAUACUCUACUCUAGGAGAAAAAGAAACAGAAGCGUUUAGACAGACACAAAAAUCAAUGGGCAAUUUAAAAUCUCAGGGCUCUAGCUGGGUUUUGGUGACAGAAUACAGUCAUUAGGCUUCCUUGGAGAUCAGUGUUGCAUGAUGAUGGUUUGAGAAGUAGACAUAUUAUGACAUAUAUGACCCUAUCAGUAUUAUCUCGGUUGACCAUCAAAGAUAUAUUCUGGGAAGACCCAAGACGCACUUGAGGAGUCAAUCCAGUUGCCUUGCUGUCCAAGUCUGGAGUUUGUGUGACACAUCUUACGUGGAUUGGUAUAUAUCAUCACAAUUUUCGGGAGGAGUGGUAGCUUGGCUGUUUCAGUUGUCGGGUUGUCUAUGUGAAUCAAGUCCCUGAUUUACUCCUGUUACCACUUUCUGAAGUUCAAAAUCCAUUGGAGAUAUUACCUUUCAUUAUCAUGUGCCAUUGACAUAAGUUGCAGAGAUUAAGUAUGACGUAUUGCAAUCAUGGUUGUAUGGUGCUGAUUAAUAUGUGACUUUCAAUUGCAAGCAAAGGUGCUCCUGUUGAAGCUUAACUCAACCAUGUCAAGGGCUUCCCUCUCUCUGUUUUCCUGGGCUUAGCUUUUGGCCAUUUGGGUGGUGAGGAUUUAAGAACUCUUUGCUUUCUGCCUUCUCGUUCUUCUUGAGAGUGGUCCAGACUGUUAAAUAUAUUUGUUCUAACUUCUAUGGAUUUUGGAUUUGACUUGUGGCUCACACUUCAUGCUGUGCUAUUGCAUUGCAGGUUUAAAAUUUUUGAUUUCUUAGUAAAAAGAUAUUGCUAAUUCUUAUGUAGAGGAAAACAAUAAUAUUGGAACACUGGAACAGGUCGACUCUCUGAAGAAAUUUUGUGAUUGAUAAGGGUGUAAGCGGCUGCGAAAAGUCCGGAGUCUAAUCCUGUCCGGUCCAAACUUGUCGGACUGGAUUGGACUCAAUUUUUUUUU